CGUACAGACAACAUGGUCCACCGAGAGACACGACACCACUUCACCAGUUCAAACUGAGGACCAAGAAUCAGACUCCCCAGCUCCAUGGCAGACCUGCGAAUCCAUCAAGGCUAAUCCACAGCAAAAAAAAUUCCCGCAGCGUUUUACUGUGGGCACAUACCCAUUUGACAGAAAUCACAUACAGUGAUUAAUGGCUCAUGAUCAUUGAAUUAAGUUGAUAAUUGAAGGGUUUUGGAGGUGUGGUCUUGAAUCAGAGAGAAGAAAAAAGUUAUGAAGAAGCUUGUAAGUAUGUAGGUGGUUUUUCUUUUGCUCCUGGCAUUGAGUUAUGCUGCGGAAUACGAUGGAGAAUGCGAGUCUUUCCAGCCGUUAACACCCAGACCUCACACCAUUUCUGUUUUGGAAUUUGGGGCUGUUGGGGAUGGGAAAACAUUAAACACUCUGGCAUUUCAAAAUGCCAUUUUCUAUUCGAAGGCAUUUGCUGACAAAGGUGGUGCCCAACUUUAUGUACCCAAGGGAAGGUGGCUUACUGGAAGCAUCAACCUUACUAGUCAUAUGACGCUUUUCCUGGAAAAAGAUGCCAUCAUUCUUGGCUCUCAGAAUCAUAGUUACUGGGAUGUACUUGAACCUUUACCGUCUUAUGGGCGAGGUAUUGAGCUACACGAUAGAAGAUACGGCAGCUUAAUUACUGGAAAUAAUUUAACUGAUGUUGUGAUAACAGGCGAUAAUGGAACAAUUGAUGGCCAAGGCUCCAUUUGGUGGGAGCAAUUCACCGCUCAUUCUCUAAAUUAUAGUCGACCGCAUUUAGUGGAAUUCAUUGAUUCAAACAACAUUGUUAUCUCAAACUUAACCUUCUUAAAUGCACCUGCUUGGAACAUUUACUUUGCUUAUUGCAGGAAGGUUCUAGUUCAGAAUGUAACAAUUUAUUCUCCACCCGAUGCUCCAUACUCUAGCGGAAUAGUCCCAGAUUCUUCCGAGCACGUUUGCAUUGAGAACAGCAACAUUAGCACAGGUUAUGAUGCUAUUGCGCUUAAAAGUGGUGGGGACGAGUAUGGAAUUGCAUAUGGCAAACCGACCGCGAAUGUACACAUUCAGGGGGUUUCUGUGCAUUCUUCUUCCGGAUCAGGAAUAGCCUUUGGCUGCGAGAUUUCGGGUGGCAUAUCCAAUAUACUUCUCGAGCACCUUCAUGUGCACGACUCUCCUACUGGUAUUGGGCUUAAGAUAGAUAAAGGAAGGGGUGGCUAUAUCAAAGGCAUAUACGUAUCAGACGUGCUCAUGGAAAAUGUACAGCGAGGAAUCAAGGCAACAGGUCAGUGCAAAUCACAUCCAUAUGACAGAUUUGAUCUUCAUGCAUUGCCAGUGAUCAGUGGCAUCACCUUUAAGGACGUGGUCGGUGUAAAAAAUUCUGCAGCUGGGAUUUUUUCUGGAAUUAGUGAAUCUCCUUUCACUUCCAUAUGUUUGUCAAAUGUUUCUUUCUCUGUCACCGCUGACCCCUCCACAUCAUGGGUAUGCUCCAACGUCUUCGGUUCCUCUAGUAAUGUAUCACCUGAACCGUGUCCAGAACUCAAGAGCUCAUUUACGAGUUUGUCAUCUAAUUGUUUCUUCAUCUCCUACCCAAAUACUGAAGUUGCAGUUUCAUGAUGUGCAGUCUCGAUAUUCGAUUAUAUAAAAUGAGACGCUGGAAUUUUUCUACCGACUGUUGUACAAUCUUCCGUCCCGUGCUCUUCUUAUCAAACUUUUUUUUAUAAGCAGUCUCUGAUCAUAUUACCCUGUGUAUAGAGUUGGCUUCUUCAUUUUUAUUUUUUUUUGCAUUUGAGUAAAGUUGAGCAUUGAUUUCAAAUUACCUGUCAAUCCUUCACGUUGUAAGUUCUUGUACUGGAUGUUGCUGCAAGAUUGAUGGUCAAGAUUUAGAUGGCAUUUAAUUUACAAGUUACUUUCCAUUCUGUCUA